CUCAUGAGAACCUAUAUGUGCCCCAGCAUGCACAUGUUGCCAAGGCGCGCAAACGGUGUGUAUCCCCGCCCGCCUCUUGUCCUCCUCCUCCAUACCGUGCUCGGAUACAAAACCUCGCCCGACCGUCAACGAGGUAGCCCACCGCACCCAUCCCCUCCGCCAUGAGGUACCUCCACCUCGCUGUCCUCCCUGCGACGGUGGUCGCCGCGUCGCAGAACAUCCUCUACAGCCCAAACAGCUACUCCUUCAAUCCCUUGAAGCACCUGUCCGGCAUCGCUCCCUACUUCUCCGCGCAGGACCCAGGACUCACCCCCAAGCCGCCUCAGGGCUGCAACGUGACGGGCGCGGCGUACCUCGUACGACAUGCGGCAAUCUACGCCAACGACUUCGACUACGAGUCGUACAUCGAGCCAUUCGUCGACAAGCUCGAGAACACGAGCGAUGUCGACUGGACUACGACGUCUGGCACCGCGGCGCCACUUGCUUUCCUGAGCAACUGGAAGAGUCCCAUUGAGGACCCUGACCUCGAGCAGCUCACGAAGAUCGGCGUUCUGGAGAGCAUGAGCCUGGGUAUCGAGCUUGCUCGUCGAUAUCCCGCUCUUGCUCCUCCCAAGAAAGUCUGGACUAGCACGGCCGAGCGUACCGUCUUGAGCGCGAAGAGCCUCAUCACCGGGCUCGACCGCUACUCCAACCAAACAGAGCUCGUGCAGGUCCCCGAAGGCGAAGAGGAUGGCGCCGACUCCUUGACGCCGUACAAGGCCUGCCCAGCAUACAGCUCCAGCCGCGGCGCAGAGCAGUCCUCCGCGUUCCGGGACAAAUACACCAAGCCCAUCGUCGCGCGCCUUCAGGCCACCGUCCCAGGCUUCAACUGGACCUCCGAGGACGUGUACGGCAUGCAGCAGCUCUGCGGCUAUGAGAGCGUCAUCCGCGGCGAGUCGCACUUCUGCAGCCUCGACCUCUUCAAGCCGAACGAGUGGCUCGCCUUCGAGUACGCCAACGACCUCAUGUACUUCCACAACACCGGCUACGGCAACGCGCUGAGCGGGACCAUCGGCUACCCCUGGCUCAACGCGAGCGCGCAGGCGCUCCUGAACGGCGACGCCCUCCACGUCUCCUUCACGCACCGCGAGCUGCCGCCCACCGUCCUCGUCGCGCUCGGGCUCUUCAACAACACGGCCUUCAGCGGCGGCGACAACCAGAACGCGACAAUGCCCACCGACACGAUCAACCACCGCCGCGCGUGGCGCAGCAGCAGCAUGCUCACCUUCCUCACCAACAUCGCCAUCGAGAAGCUGAGCUGCAGCAGCUACGGCUACGACGGCUCGGAGUUCUACCGCGUCCUCGUCAACGACAGCCCGCAGCCGCUGCAGGACUGCGACGAUGGUCCGGGGGAGAGCUGUGCGCGGGACUCGUUCGAGAGCUGGGUCGCUGAGAGGGGGCAGCUCUUCGGGGGCUUCUCAGACGCUUGUGGUGUGGACUACGACAAUUCGACCAACACCUUGACGAUCUAUGACCAGUAGAAAAUGGGACGAUCCCUCACGAACUUUGUACUCAUAUUAUUUGUCAGUCUUUCCAGAUCCGCAUACCUCAUCUUGUACGAGUAGAUAUAGGGCUCGUCGAUAUCGCUCGGACCACAUCGCUUUGUAUGUAUACCCCCAGCAAAAGGUCAUAUCGUAUUUUGGUGAUAUUUGACGAUGAAGUGCGCACUGCAUCCUGCAGACCUCCGCCAUUGAGC